UAUUAAUUGUUUUUAAUAAUGUAGCCGGCCUCUCGUGGGUUCGUUGUAGGGUGGUGUAGUCGGAGAGUGGAAAUAAUGGAGCUCGGAGACAGACGUCCGUUCACUUGGAAGAUCUCUUUAUUAAUGAAAGACACGCCCUGUGCAGCACAGUUUCCCAAUAGUUUAACAACGGCAUUUGGAAAUCCACCACAGUGUGCUGGUAGAGGAUAUGAUCCGCCUGGAUUUGUCACUAGUGCUAACUCGAGUCGAGCUCAGAGGAACCCAGUGAAGGAUUACCUGGGCUUCUCUGUCUUCACCAUGCUCUGCUGCUGUCUGCCAUUUGGAAUAUUUGCUCUCAUUCAGUCCAUCAUUGCCCGUGAAGCAAACUUUUAUCAGGACUGGAUGAGGGCAGAGAGAAAAAGCAGAAAUGCAAAGAUCCUGAACUGCGUGGCUUUGGGAAUGGGGAUUCUUAUUCUCAUCCCAGCAAGUGGCUUCUUAGUAUACAAUUUAAUUAUUGAUGAUAAUGAUGACUAGUAGUAGUAAUAGGACGAGGUGCAGUAGACUGCAAUUAUAACUCCACUGAAGUUCUGUUGUGUAUUCUAAUUUAUGUUGAAACACUUCUAAAGCAUGAUAACCAUUAUCUGUAAAGAUGUACAUUAUUUCAUUGUUUUUAUGAGUGUCUGUUAUCCAUUUUCAGUUUUGUUUCUUUGAAUACAUUUCAUUAUGACUUUUUUAAAGGCAUUCUUGUUUUACUGCUUGCUCUUUACCUUUUUUGAUUAAUUUAUUGAUACCAGUGACGUGCAGUCAGAUUCACGGCAGGUGAGGUACUGACGUCAUCAGUCAGAUUUACAAAUAUUUGCACCCUACAAAAUAACUUACCUACCAUUUGAUAAGGAACACUAAAGUAUGUUGUUUAGUUUUCCUUUCUACGUUUUUCUUCCAUCUACAAACUGCAGCAUUGAAGAAAAUCACGAUAAAAUUGUUUUUAAAACACACACAAUACAAACUAAUAAAAAGAUAAAUAAUGAUCAUAACAAUAACUAAUAAUUAAAACUCAGAGAAGAACUGGAGAGAGACUGGAAGGUAAAGGUGACAACGGUAAUGAUAAUUGAAGCACUGGGGGCUGUAACCUCCAAACUAGAGGAGUGGCCACAGCAGAUCUCUGGAAAGACCUCAGACAUCUCAGUCCAGAAAAGAGCAGUCACUGUUUUGUUCACAUUGAAUCUCAUGAAAGGAAUCGUGCAAUAACCCUGUAAAGUUCAGGUUUAAGUCAUCUAUAUGAAUGAGUCAUAAUUUGGCAGAUCCCCACCUCACUGUCUCCCUCCUCUGGUGAGUUCUAGUAGUGCUUUCCU